UUUCUACAAAUUUAGCUUGUGUAGUUUUAAUUUAUACAAUAUAUACUUGUAUAAGAGAAUUUUACAGUCUACAUUUUAGUAAUUUUUCAAAAAAAAUGAUGUGUACAUGUUUCUUGUAUUAGAGAGAAAUGCUUAAUGCUGAUGUUCAUGCUGAUUAUUUUUAUUUUGAGAGAAGAAAAAGAGAGGAAUGUGUGGAUACGCAUUCCUCAUUUCCCUUUGGACAUCCGUCCUUCUCUCUUUACCCUGUGGUUAUAAUGGCGACAAGAUCCUGGUUUUCCCCAUUGAUGGCAGUCACUGGGUGAACAUGGAGGUGCUGGUGAAGAAGCUGCAUUCUCGUGGCCACGAGCUAAGUGUGAUUCGGCCAGAGGAUAGCUGGUUCAUCCAAGAGAAUUCAUCUUACUACACCUCCAUUACAGUGAAGCUUGAAAAGAAACACAUAGGCCUGGACCUGUUUGAGACUGCAGCACAAAGGAUUCUUGAGGCCCGCAGGAAGGGCCCGGUGAUGGGAGCACUGGUCCAGAUGUCUGAAUUUAUUGGCAUCAUAAAGGUGGCUCACACCGCAACCUGUGCCAUGCUGACCACCAUGCUGGAGAACAAAGUUCUGAUGAGACAAAUAAAGAUGGCGAACUAUGAUUUGAUGCUCACUGAUCCUGCCAUGCCUGGUGGGAUCAUCCUGGCACAUUACCUCCACCUUCCAAUGGUCUAUAAUGUCCGCUGGAUGAGUUUUGGAGAGGGACACUUCUCCAUUGCACCUUCUCCAAUCUCCUAUGUGCCUGUGCCCGGCUCAGGUCUGACGGACCGAAUGGGCCUGUUAGAAAGAUCCCGUAACCUUCUACAUUAUGGGUUGAACCUCAUUCAAGAGCGUUGGCUAAUGAUUCCCAUGUAUACCAGCUUGUUGCUCAACUACUUCCCUCCAAACGCCGACCUCCUCGCCAUGCAACUUUCAGCGGAGCUGUGGCUAGUCCGUGUAGACUUUGUGUUCGAGUUUCCACGACCCUCCAUGCCAAACCUCAUCUACAUUGGUGGCUUCCAGUGUCGUCCUGCCAAGCCUCUUCCUGCCGAGCUGGAGGAGUUUAUGCAGAGCUCAGGAGACCAUGGGGUGGUCGUGAUGUCUCUGGGAACACUGAUCGCAGGAUUGCCAAGAGAGGUCACGGAGGCCAUUGCCUCAGCUUUCGCUCGCAUGCCGCAAAAGGUGGUCUGGAGGUUUAUUGGUGAAAGACCUUCAUCAUUGGGCAAUAACACCCUACUGCUUCAAUGGAUUCCUCAGAAUGACUUGCUGGGUCAUCCGAAGACCCGUGCUUUCGUGGCUCACGGUGGCACAAAUGGUCUAUAUGAAGCCAUCUAUCAUGGGGUGCCAGUUCUGGGACUCCCUUUGCUAUUUGACCAGCUAGAUAACAUUGUACGUCUUCAGGCAAGAGGUGCGGCAAGGAUGCUGGAUGCAGCUACUUCUACCACAGAAGAAUUCUUUGAGGCUUUGAGCGAUAUCCUGGAGAACCCAACAUAUCGUCAGAACAUGCAGAAGCUCUCUGGUUUACAUCGAGACCGACCUCUGCAUCCUCUCGACAAAGCAGUGUACUGGAUCGAGUUUGUCUUGCGCAAUAAAGGUGCGUGCCAUCUGCACGCUGAGGCCUACAACAUGUCCAUGUACUCCUACUACUGCCUAGAUGUGGCUGCAUUGGUUCUCCUCAUGCUUGUGGUGACUCUGGGAGGUGUCUAUACAAUAUGGAUACGAAGAUGGAGAAGACAGACAAAAAAGGCUGUUAGAGAUGGCAACAAAAAAGCUGUAAAGGAUGGCAGUAAGAGGCUGAAAGAAACCAUUAAUGCUCUGAAAGACAGCAAUAAUAUUUCUAUUCCAAAUAGGAGCAAGCUAAGAGCAAGCAAAACAAGAAUUUAGUAAAAAUCCAGAGAGCUACAAACUUUUUCUUUCUUUCUUUCUUUCUUUCUUUCUUUCUUUCUUUCUUUCUUUCUUUCUUUCUUUCUUUCUUUCUUUCUUUCUUUCUUUCUUUCUUUCUUUCUUUGCCUUUAAUUCCCUCCCCCAUUUCUUUCCUUGAGCUCUUGCAAUUCCCUGCCAAGACUAAACUGCAUGCUGGUGAUUAGGUGCAGAUCCCCUCCUGGAAUCCUUAAUGUUUGUUGUAAUCCCCCUGUUUGCACAUUUAAGGCCAUUUGCAAAAAGAAAAAGAAAAAAAAGGUGAGUCACCUCACCAGUGACAAACAGCUGCUGGUAAAUAUUCUGGCAUGAUGUAACUCAGAUGUGAUAGAAUGGUAAAGCAAUGCUGUAUAACCUACUCAGCCUGUUCAGGAUGUGACAUUCAGCUCCAAAGUGUACAAAACAUCUAAUCAUUUGUAGCUCCAUGAAACAAUUUGAUUGUAACCAUUCACUUUUUCAUUGUGUAAAACAUGUUUAAUUACUAUUGUAAUGCAUAACAAAUGAUCAAAAUA